AUGGAUUGGAACCUUUCCCAAUUCAACCCUGAACUCGUCAACUCCAUCUGCCAAAGGAACGAGCCACUUCAACACAUUCGGAUAGCCACACUGCCCUCGAAAGAAAUCGGAAUCAUCAUUGGAUGCGAUUUCGCCGAGCUCGUGACACCUUCAGAAGUAAUCCAUUCAAAACAAAAUGUGCCCAUUGGAUGGAAAACGCCACUUGGAUGGUCUCUCUGUGGACGAGACAAUGCAGCGACACCCAACGACAUCAACACAAUCAUUUUCACGACAGACGAUACACUGUUUUGCCACGUAGCUGAAUGGAUGAAAAUGUACGCCGAAGGGAUUUCAACUGACCAACGCAGCCUCUCAACAGACGACAAGGAAGCUCUCCGCAUCUUGGAAUCUUCAACAACCCGCUUGCCCAAUGGACACUACGAAGUUGGAAUGCUUUGGAAACGUGGACAACAACUGCCAAACAAUAGAUGGCUUGCCAAGAAGCAGCUCGACAGCCUUCUCCAACGACUAAAGAGAAACACCGAGAUGGCACAGAAAUAUCAGGAGACCAUCGACACCGACUUGCAGAAAGGUUUCAUAGUCAAAGUUGAUGAUUCCGAUGAAGACUCAACAGGAAAAUGGUACCUUCCUCAUCAUCCAGUGACAAACAUCAAUAAACCUGGCAAGGUACGCCGAGUCCUUAAUGCAUCGAGCAUCUACAAAGGAGUAUCACUCAACAGCAACCUACUAACUGGACCAGACCUCCUCACAAACCUUACUGGAAUCGUUAUGCGAUUUCGCGAGGACCAAAUCGCUAUUUCUGCCGACAUUGAAGCAAUGUUCAUGCAGGUUUUCGUCAGCCCAGAGGACCAGCCGUAUUUGCGAUUUCUGUGGAAGGACAACACGGGCCAACCCGCAACCUUCCAAUACACCCGCCACAUCUUCGGAGCUACCGACUCACCAUGUGUUGCCUGCUACGCCACUCGACAAUGUGCGAAGGACAAUGCCGACAAAUAUCCAGCCUUGGAGCAAAUCACAAAACGCAACAUGUACAUGGACGACCUAUACAAAGCCGUUUCAACACCGACGGAAGCGACACAGUUAAUGAACGACCUUCAAAAGAUGUUCAGCCUUGGAGGUUUCAACCUCAGAAAAUGGACCUCAAACUUUCAACAAUUCCUCACAACAGUUAACGAGAACCACUUGGAAAACAGCGACAGCCUCACCAAGAAGGAACGACCCCUCGAAAGAGUUCUUGGAGUGAAAUGGAAACCAGACACGGACGUCUUUCUUGUGGAAGCAAAGAAGUUUCACGCCAUUGACAAGAAGGACUUAACGCAGCGCAAACUAUUGAAGUUUGCUUCUUCAAUCUUUGACCCGCUUGGAAUUACGAUGCCACUGACAAUUCGACUACGACAAUCACUUCAACUUGCCUGGAGUAAUGGACCUCAAUGGGACAAACCUCUAAACAUGGAGCAUUUAACAGACCUCAACGAUUGGAUAGACAAGCGAAGCCAAUUCAACGACAUCUGCCUGCCCCGGACUUACUUCAAACCAGAAACGAAGAUACUGGAAACCCAAAUCCAUGUAUUCAGCGACGCCUCCGAACUUGCCUUAGCAUCAGUUGCUUACCUCAGAAUCAGAUACGACGACGACACAACGGAACUCAAGUUCGUCAUUGGAAAAGCCCGAGUAGCACCCAUCAGCAGAAUGACAAUUCCAAAUCUCGAGCUUCAAGCCGCCACUAACGGAGCUAAACUGUCUCGUUUCAUCAAAGAACAACAUGACAUACGAAUAGACAGUACGACACUAUGUACAGAUAGUACAACAGUUCUUCAUUGGAUAAACUCGCCGAAUCAACGACACCGGAUCUUCAUUGCCAACCGCCUGAAUUUCAUCAUGGACUCAACAUCUCCACUGGACUGGAGAUACGUGCCCAGCAAAGACAACCCUGCAGACGACGGAACACGUGGUUACAAAGCAUGUGACAUGACUACCGAUUCACGAUGGAUCAAAGGACCAGACUUCUUGUUAUGA